AUGCGGGACAGUGCCGGAUUAGACGCCGGGUUUAACAGCUGGGACGAGCGUGUAUUGCGUUACACGGAAAAUAAACUCCGUGCCGGGAUCCCUGCGGCCUGCCGCGCUGGCCUCCUCCCGUUAUUUCACCCUGCCUUCCUCUCUCUGCUCCACCUCUCCCUCGCAGGCCAGUGCCGCUGCCCAAUGGUGUGCGAGUGUCCAUCGGCCGCCGACCUGUCCCCCGGUGUCAGCUCGGUACCGGAUGGAUGUGGCUGCUGCAAGGUGUGCGCUGCCCAGCUCAACCAGGACUGCCACGAAGGGCGGCCCUGCGACCACCACAAGGGCCUGGAGUGUAACUACGGCAACGACGUCGGCCGUACCCACGGCAUUUGCAGGGCGAAGGCGGAGGGCCGCUCCUGCGAGUACAACGGCAGGUAUCAUCAGAACGGCGAGAACUUCAACGCCGGCUGCAAGCACCAGUGCACCUGCAUCGACGGGGCGGUGGGCUGCGUCCCCCUCUGCCCCAGCCACGUGCCCCUGGCCUCGCCCUCCUGCCCCAGCCCGCGACUGGUCAAGGUCCCCCGGCAGUGCUGCCUCAGCGUCGACUGCCACAAAGGCCCCGCCGUGGUCACCCCGGGUCGCAGGCGGCCCCAGCCCCCGGCCUACCCGCCUUACCCCUUCAUGCCCUACCGCUACCCUUACCCCAAGCCGUACCCCCAAGCCGUACCCCCCCCAUACAAGCCCAAGAAGGAGAAGGGACACCCUGGGCAACGAGCUGGUGGAGCCGGUGUGCCACCCUUGAGUCCUGUCGAGGGAGAGGGCUUCGCCUGCGACAAAUCUUCCACAGGAGAUGCGUGUUCACCUCCUGUAUGCAUGUGUUUGUGUGUUUGUGUGUUGCAUGCCAUUAAAAUCUUUUCACUCUGCCCCCCCCCACCCACCCUUCCUCUUCCCAUACAGAAAGGAAGGAAGUGCUCCUCGUACCCACAAGGCCCCUGACCCCACCGCCUGUCCUACGCCGGCUGCAGGAGCACCCGUCUCUACAGGCCCAACUACUGCGGCGUGUGCAAGGACGGCCGCUGCUGCUCGCCCCGCCGCACGCGCACCGCCGUGACCUUCGCCUGCCCCGACGGCGAGCGCUUCGACAGGUCCGUCAUGUUCGUCCAGUCCUGCAAGUGCAGCGACGAAUGCAGCCACCUCAACGAGGCCGCCAUGCCCCCGCAGAGAUGGCUCUACGGGGAUACGCACAAGUUCAUCGACUAGCGGCGCCCGGCCCUAACCGGCGCCCCCGUCACACAACUCCGAAGACUUUUAGACAAUCCCCCUCUAGCCUAACCCCCCCCCAUUAGAGAAUAGCCAUUCAUAACGAAUCCGCGAGUAGACGCAAAAUGAGACGCACACGUCGCCGC